UAAAUGUUAUUGUUAUUGGUAACAAUUUAUAAAUUGAAGUGGUGUGGGGUGUUUGUCGAUGUGUGCCUAUGCUUCGGUUUUACUGUAUUGCGAAAGAAGGUUUCAACUAUUGUUGCUAAAGAAUGGAUGUUUUCGUCGCUGAGCUAAUGACUUGCUAUGCGUUCUCGGUUUACCUAGUUUGCCUACAGUAACGCCUGAUUUGCUUAUUAUGCGUCUUUCGAGUGUUUUCAAGAAGUGUGUCACAAUUGUUUUUAUAUAAAUGGUGGGGCCUGAAUUCUUCCGGUUUCUUUUUUUAUGGUAUGCUCUGAUUUGCUGAGUGUGUUAUAAUGAAUGUGUUGCAAUGGUGUGAUUUGGAUUUUCGAAAUGUGUUACAAUUUGUCUAUAGCUGAUAAUGUGAUUUAUAAUAAGUUAUGUUUAGCAGAUAUGCUACACCCAGAUACUCUCGGGACAUGGAUUUUUUCGAGAGUUUCUGCACGUCUGCGGCUUCGCUCCAUCCCUAGAAUGCCCGGAAUGCACAGGCUCGGUUGAGUCAGUGGCCCACGUGUUGUUCCACUGUACGAGGUUGGCAGAGGUUUUGCGCGAUCUAUUGGAGAUGGGAGUGAACGGUUCUAUAACUGAGGAGAUCCUCGGACAAAUGUUGCUGAAAAGUUCAGACUCUUGGACCCGCAUUCAGGAAAUAGCACGUCGCAUCACCACGGUGAUGCAACUGCGCUGGAGAGAAGAUGAAGCGGCGCUGAAUGCGCUUGCUAAUUCCACAUCCGCAGAGGCGGCAGUCAACGCUGAGCAGAUGCAGGACGACUUAGCUGCAGCCCAACAAGCAGUCUGUAACCGUCAAGCAAGGGCCCGGAGAGCGCAGGUACGCGCGGAGCUGCUUGGCGACGUGGAAUUGGCGUCGGCGUUCAGGCAGUUGUACGGUCCAGCAGCCAGCGAUGCGACAUCAUCAAUACCGGCAGCAGUGCCUUUGCUAUUGGAGGCAACAGCAACAGUAGACCCUACACCAGUAGCAGCAGCCGUAGCAGUAGCAGAAGCAGCAACAGCAACAUCUCCGGCAGCUGCAGCAGCACCAAGAGUAGCAGCUGAGGUUGCACCCUCUCCAGCAACUGGCGAAAUGGCGCCGCCGUCAUCACCAAUUCUGUCUCCCAGCCGUCGGAGACAAGCGCAGCGGCAGGCCAGAGCGCAUAUGCCCCCCGGCAGACAACAGACUGGUCGUGCAGUGCCUUCUGCAGAGGAGCUGGAGUGUCGUCACCAACGACAACGAGAAUUGGAGAGAACCAGACUACAGCGGCAUCGGAGGGCGAGGGACAGUCAGGCCGUGACGAUUCCUUUUUCGCCAUUACCAUCGGACGAAAUACAAAAAAGGAGAUCUACUCUUACGGUAGAAGAGGAGGCUGCUAUCAGCAUGCAGGCAACGUCAGGGCGUUAA